CGCGAGUGUAUUUCCAUCCACAUCGGACAAGCUGGAGUCCAAAUCGGCAACGCUUGCUGGGAGCUAUACUGCCUUGAACAUGGCAUUUUAGCGAACGGUAAAAUCAGCAAUCCUUCCAGUGAAAUCCAUGAUGAUUCAUUCAACACUUUUUUUAACGAGACAGAGGCGGGAAAGUUUGUUCCUCGAUCAAUUUUUGUCGACCUGGAACCAACUGUCGUGGGUAGGUCGCUAACAAUUUGAUGAAAAUAUCCAACUCUACUUUGAUUUGAUCUGAUAUUCGCUUCCAUAGUUGCCCUAAGUAUGAAGGCGUUUAUAAAAAUAAAUAUUUUAAUAGGACUUACGAAUUGUGUUUCAAAAGUUUAACUUUCAACUAUGAACUUGGCUUCAGCAAGAUAUAACCAACUUUACUUACGUGUACAUGAAUUCUGAUUAAUAGAAGAGUAACAUUCUAUUGAUACUAACCAAGCUUUAUCGAUCGAAAGUGAUUUAGCCUUUCUAUAAGUUGUUUUGUAGUUCUCACAUUUAUUGCAUUUUCUCCGAUAAGGAUUAUAGUAAGUAUUUUGGUCCUCAGCUUAAGAGUCAUGAAGAAAUCAAUUUGAAUUGCCGUGUUUUCUCCCCUUUGGUCUUGCUUUGUUUUGGUCAUUUGCAAUUACUUUUGAAUGCUCUUGCUCGAGACAAGUCCUCAAAGGAGGAUAUACGAAAUUAUGCAGUUAAACCACUCCAAAAAUCCACCCCUAUCGUGUCAAAACUUCGACUAAAAUUUUGUAUUACAAGCAAAAGAGGUCUGUGGGCGGGAGGGGAGGGAAGGAUGGACACUGCUACCCAACCGUGGAGGAGAGGGAAAAAACUUGUGCUGCAAAUGGCUAGUGUCCUGACCUUCUUUCAACAAAAUGGGAGGUAGCAGGUAGUCACUAAACAAACAUCAAAGUCAAUUUUUAUCCAAAGUUUUUGUUGUUUUAGCUGUUCUUGUUGCUUUUGUUUUGUGCUCUUGUUAUCGUAUUUGUUUGUUUGCUUUUUCACGAUGUAGUUAUUUCCUCUGUAAAGAUUAGAUUCUGGUGAUCACUGAUCGUGUUUUGUCCGCAGAUGAGGCACGUACAGGAAUUUAUCGAGAACUCUACCACCCAGAACAGAUGAUCAGUGGCAAGGAGGACGCCGCUAACAAUUAUGCUCGCGGGCACUACACCAUAGGAAAGGAAAUCCUCGACCUGGUGAUGGAUAGAAUCCGAAGAAUGGUCAGUGGUUUUUCGAAACUACUGCAAGGGUAGACGUUAGUUAGAUAUCAUGUUGUGUGUUGAUAGAGUUUGGCCACUGAGGCAGAUAUGGGUAGGGAAGGAAUGGUAGUGAAAUUGCUUUUGGAGGGAAAGACUUGAAAUACUUUGAAAGUUUGGCUUGCGGUUGACAGAGAUGGUGUUUUGGGGGCAAAAUGGAAAGUGUGAUUGGAAAAUGAUCUACAACAACUGGUUUCUGAGGUUUGACACGGUCGGGCCCUUCCCCAAAUGAAAUGGCUAACAGAUGUACUCCAGGGAGGGAAAAGAAAAGCAUAAAACAGAAAAACGACGAAAAAAAAUAACAUAAGCAAAAACAACAACAACAACAACAAAAAUAAUCAAACAAAGAAAGCCCCAGAGACAAAAAGAAAUAGAAAACAAACAAACAAAAAACAUGAAUGAAAUUGAGGAACGGUGGUGGCAGAUAAAAAUGCUUAAGGAAAAAGUGACAUAAACAAAACAACAAAACAUAAGAGAAAAAAAAAAUAAACUAAAAGUUCCCCACCUCCUCUAAAGUGAUCAAAAGAAUGAAUGACUCGGGGCUUAAAAUAAAAAAUUGUGAAAAAAGAAAAUCCCCUGAUGAAAAGUUCAUCUGUUGGUGAUUUUAUUUGCCCCUUCCUGCGGUCAACCUCACCCUGUAUACAGAAAGAAAAAUUACAUGUACACCUGCACACACUCAUACAAAAUUUCCGAAAUUUUAGGAUAUGUUUUAAAGGAGUUCGAAAGACCCAUUAGUGAUAAUCGGCCGUUAGGAAUUGUCUCGCUCUGUAUUUGUAUAAACCCACGGCUGUGGGCUCAAAAUAUUUGUGAUUAAUUUUAUAACCCUCUUGCAGGGAGGGUUCAUGCCAUGUGGGGCGGUUUUCGUUUUAAGUUUAGUUUCAAUUGCAGCCUUGGGUUUAGACAUGUUACAGGCGAGUCGGUUCUUGACGUCUGCGCUACUGUUCUGUCUGCCUCAGUUGUGCUUUUUUAAAGGAUGACGGUUUAAAAUCACGUAUUGGAAAAUCUGUGGUUUGCCUUUGGGUAGACGAGAAAACUCCUUACUGCAUUCUCUACAUCGCAGUAAGGAGUUUCCUAGUCUACCCAAGGGCUUUGGUUUAUAUUUUGCAGGCGGAUCAGUGCUCUGGUCUCCAAGGAUUCCUUCUUUCGCAUUCGUUCGGUGGUGGAACAGGUUCGGGAUUUUCUUCUCUCCUCAUCGAGCGCUUGGCUGUUGAUUACAGCAAGAAGUCGAAGCUGGAGUUUUGUGUUUAUCCGUCGCCCAGAGUGUCUACAGCAGUGGUCGAACCUUACAACGCUGUAUUGACCACGCAUUCCACUCUGGAACAUGCAGACUGUUCGUUCCUGAUGGACAAUGAGGCCAUCUAUGAUCUGUGUCGAAUAAACCUGGAUGUUGAACGACCGACGUAUAUGAAUCUCAAUCGUCUGAUCGGGCAGGUGGUGUCCUCUAUCACUGCCUCUCUUCGUUUCGAUGGCGCAUUGAAUGUCGAUCUGACUGAAUUCCAGACCAACCUUGUUCCGUAUCCGAGAAUCCACUACCCUCUGGUGUCCUAUUCUCCGAUCAUUUCCGCAGAAAAAGCCUUUCACGAGCAGCUGACCGUGGCAGAAAUAACAAACCGAUGUUUCCUUCCGUCCAAUCAGAUGGUCAAAUGCGAUCCGAGGCAUGGACAGUACAUGGCUUGCUGUAUGCUCUACAGAGGCGACGUCGUUCCCAAAGACGUGAACGCGUCAAUUUGCGCCACAAAAUCCAAACGCACCGUGCAAUUCGUCGAAUGGUGCCCGACGGGUUUCAAGGUGGGAAUCAACUACCAGCCCCCUUCGGUUGUCCCCGGCGGGGAUCAGGCCAAUUUGCUCCGGGCGCUUUGCAUGCUUAGUAACAGCACUGCCAUCGCUGAGGCGUGGGCUCGUUUGGAUCACAAGUUCGAUUUGAUGUUUGCCAAACGGGCGUUCGUUCACUGGUAUGUCGGCGAAGGCAUGGAGGAGGGAGAAUUUAUUGAAGCGCGUGAAAAUCUUGCUGCUCUGGAGAAAGAUUACGAGGAGGUGGAGACUGCCCAACCUGAUAACGAUGACGACGAUUAUUGA